UCGUCUGCUCUAUGUAGGAAGACAAACAAGAAGCAGAAAGUUUAUGUUUUAUUGUGCUUCCUGUUUGCGCCUGGUUUUUGUGUAUUACCUUGUACUUUUUAGGGUUACAGAAAAAUUUUCUGUUCCCAAUAGAAACGUCUCAUCAGUAAAAAAUCAGUUAGAAUCGGAUGGAUGACUAGUCUUUGUGAAUAUCAAUUUCUUUAGUGCAUCAACCACCACCAGCUGCAGCAAUAUGUUUUCCACCAGCAAUUGGCCGGCCAUAGAUUUAACUUUUAAAGGCGAACAUUUUGAGAACUUCGCAUCUGUCGUUCUACGCGUUCCAGGCUUAAUGUUAAUUGACCAAUGGAGUCACAUCAGCUCAGACCGUCUCUGGCCACAGACCGCAGAAGUUAUGGAUAAAUGCUAUGCAUUCAUUUUUCAUCUAAUGUUGAUUCAUGGACUUGUAAUACUAAUUGUACCACUACCAAAACUGGUCACCAUUUACAUGCAUUAUUUGAGUUUGGCUGCAUUAACUGGAGCAUCACUUUUGUCAAGACAUUUUGUUUUGAUUGAGUUACAAGAUUUGGAUAAAGAUGCCACCUUCCAUAAAUCCACCGGUGUUUCAAUGACACCACCAACAACUCAACUUCCUUCAGUAAUAAAUUUCAGCCCUGAAUAUGCACUGAAAUUUGCACGCGAAUUCCGUCCUCCAGGAAUAAGCUCUGAGGUACCAGCUUACCAAUUCGCAGAGCGCACUCUUAUCGGCAUUGGUCUAAUUGUCGACUCAAUGGAAAUGGAUCUAGAAUGUUUCAGUCUUUUGCAUCAGUUAGCCGUCUUAUCUGUUCAACUGUUCAUCGUCUCUUGCGUCAACUUUUUUCUAGACGUUGAAUCGAAUAUUAAGCGGGCAUUUUUGGCCAUUUACUGUUUGCCGAUCGUCAUCCGUCUGUCGGGUUUCGCCCAAUCCGAUCUACUCCUCGUUCAUAAUUUUGCAACAGCUGCCAUAAUCCUUGCCGCUAUUUACUACGUUCUUUCCUGCGUUCCCGCUAUUCUAGGUGAACUAAAGUUUUUGUAUUUGUAUGCAGCCCACGAAAUCGAAGCUCUAAGCCUACCGCAUUUGGCUAUGGAUAUCUGUUCACGUCUGUUCGUUCCCAGUCAAUUUUUCGUGUUUUGGUUGGGCCAUUGUAUCAACCAACUUCAUGCUUUACUCAUUCAUCCUGACCUAGUUGCGAACUCUGGGGUUUAUUCAGACGAGUGGUACAUGGUUUUCCUUUGCGCUAUUUCCCAAAUUUGCGAUUCGCCACUGACGCUGGCAAGUACUUGCGUCGCCAUGUCUUACGCAUCUUCGAUAGGCCAAGCGGGCAUCAAAAUAUUCAUUCUUAACUAUCAAGCUUAUGCAGCGGAGCAAAAUCCUCAUGCUGGGUUGACAGAAGGCCUUACGAUGGCGUUAUUGGCCGCCCAAACGGGCCUAAUCCGUAUCAAGAUGCCGCAGCGUUUGGCGAUUUUUUCAAUCAUAUUAUUUGUUGUGGUAGCAUCUUUGAUUCAGUCCGUAUAUGAAACAACGGAGCCAAUGUUAUUAGCACUUUCAGCUAACAAGGAUCGGCACAUUAUGCGUCACGUCAGAAUCUUGUUGCUGUGUGUUUUCCUGUUCGCUUUCCCUCUCUACAUGACAUUCAUCUUGUGUUACAUCUUUGACCUUAACUUUUGGACUUUGGUGGUCAUCUCCACUUGUGUCAUGACAUCUGUGCAGGUUGUUGGAUUAUUGGUGAUCUACUGUCUCUUCCUUUACGAUUCAACCCGCGAGGACGCAUGGGAAGCGCUCGACGACAUUAUAUACUACACCCGAGCUGUAGUUCGAUGUCUGGAAUUUAUGGUCGCCCUAUUCGUCGUAUGCGCUGGCUUCCACGAAUCCUUAGUUGGCCAAUGGUCUUGGUCCAACAGUGUCGUCCUGGUUGUCCAUUGUUAUUUCAAUGUUUGGCAGCGCUUACAGACCGGUUGGAUCUCCUUCCUACGCCGACGGGAAGCUGUCAAACACAUAAACGCUUUGCCAUCUGCCAGCCAAGAACAGCUGGCUGUCCACAACGAUGUUUGCGCGAUCUGCUAUCAAACUAUGAAUCUUGUUGGAACUGUACGCGUCACUCGCUGUAGACAUUUUUUCCAUGGCAAUUGUCUUCGAAAAUGGCUCUAUGUUCAAGAGAAGUGCCCAAUGUGUUCUGCGGCCAUUACGUUAACUCAAGCCGAAGAAUCAUCAGCAGAUGCCGCUGAAGCACCUCUAAGCGAAGCCAAUAAAACGUCUAGCCAAGAUCGCAAAGUUCAUUUCUCAUUUGCGGAGAAUCAAAGCAGCGGCAACAGCGAAUCAAACGACGUAGCCGAGGAGACUGAAGAUGGAGCGUCGCCAAGUCAGAAUAUAGCUGCGGCCUCUCCUUCCGGAACCUUCCCUCAAAAUCAAAAUUUCGAUACUCUUUUACACGCGGCCCAACAAGAUGUGCGGCAAGCUAAGUUGCGAGGAGCUCAGGCUCGCCAUUCACGCAGCAAAAGCGAAAGUGUUGCCCGAAUUCUAGAAUAGAAAUGUAAUGAAUAACCUUGGGUCGUCGUGAAAUGUGGAAAAGUUUCCACAAUCUUUGUUGAAUGUUUGUUGUGCCAAAAACAAACGAUCGCGUGUUUGCAUACCAGAAUAAUUGACUCGUACGGAUAAUCUUCUUUCCGAAUUGUUCACGCGUAAUUGUGCUACUUAAGAUGUCGGUUUCUUGACAAUUUUUCCUUGAGAUUCUCAUGCUGUUUUUUUUUUCUCCAAUCCUAGUUUUAGCCAUCAGUAUGGCUAUCAAUUAAUUUGAAUUUUGUGAUGAGGAAGGGAUGUGAUUUUUUCUUCAAUGUAUCGCAAUACAAGUCAGUGUCUAUAACAUCAAA